CCCGCCGGGCCGGGCCGGGAAGGGAUAAGAGGCCGACCCGCGGCCGCUGGGCCACUCGGGAGCACAGCCAGGAGGGACACGGAGCAGCCUGCAGCCGCUGAUAAAGCACCAGAGGGCUUCUUUCCUUUGUGGACCCCGGGAUGUCUGAGCUGGAGAAGGCCAUGGUGGCUCUCAUCGAUGUCUUCCAUCAGUACUCCGGAAGGGAGGGUGACAAGCACAAGCUGAAGAAAUCCGAACUCAAGGAGCUCAUCAACGCUGAGCUCCCCCACUUCUUAGAGGAAGUCAAGGAGCAGGAGGUCGUGGACAAAGUCAUGGAAACUCUGGACAGUGAUGGAGACGGCGAAUGUGACUUCCAGGAAUUUAUGGCCUUUGUCGCCAUGGUUACCAGCGCCUGCCACGAGUUCUUUGAGCACGAGUGAGCGGCGAGCAGUUGCUGUGCUGGGCGAGGGUCACGCAGGAAGCAGGGAGUGGGGCUCGCAGCCAGUAGGAACGGAGCUUCCCCGCCGCGCUGUAGCUGAUUAGGAAGCUUGACUUGCUCUGUCAACGAGCCGUUGACAACCUCUUCCCACGGCUGACUCUGGCCCCGUCGUUCUUUCUGCUCCGCUCGGCACACGCGUCCGCUGACGGGGGCGCGGGGCCCGGGCCAUCCUCGUUCUGGGAAGCGUGUGCUCGGCCGCCGUCAUGGCUGCGGAGAGCCCUAACCCAGGCCUGCCACGCUGCCCCCAGAAAUGCUCCGGGCACGUGUGCUUCCUGGAGCCAGAAAGACAAAGCUUUGCCCUUAAAUCGGUUUACCCUCCGUGCAAAUGAACCCUCAGGGCGUGAGGGGGUCCGACAGGCCACCUGCUCCCCCGACAGUGCGGCCACAGGCCGGUCCCCUUCCCGGCGGGGAGCUGUGGGUCCUGAGCACACACCGUCGCUCACUGAGCUGCAGGAAGCCUGUGUCUCACGACCGCCAAGUACCGACGCGUUGGUUCUAGCCGGGACUGAGGAUCAGAGUCCCGCUCUCUGCCGACUCCCUGCGCGGCUCCCACCUGCUGCCCGCGGGCUGUGUGGCGGGGACAGCGCGCCUCCCUGCAGACAGGCUCCUUCCCGUGGCCUCCUCUCCGGUCUGGGAAGGGCCCUGGCCCUCCCGCGUGUGUGCUGAGGCUGGGCCUGCCCACGGCGGUUGGCAAGGUCGGUGGACGCGGCAAGCUGAGCUGUGAGCUUGGGUAUCCACGAAUUCAAAUAAAUCAGUUUCAAAUAAUUCACAUCAUCAACUUAUAAAUAUGAACAGUCACAUCCCAGAAAAGCCCAUGAACCUUAUCUACCCCCUUCUGCUGCUGCUGCUUUUAAGUGCACAGACUUGGAAAUUCCUAAGCCGGUGGUUGCUUGUAUCCGCGUUAAAUAAAGAUCGCAGUGACAGUGACA